CGCCGGCUGGCGUGGCCCCUAGUUGGCGCUGAUAACGUUUCGGCCCAAAACGCCUUUGUCCCCCAAGAAUGGCUUGUCUACCGACGCUCUACCGAACCUCGCGGGCGGGAAUCUAGCCACGGCUUUCUUCAUGGCCCCCCUAUGGUCCCCCUGGGGUCUUGUCGUUGCUUGGAAGUGCUCGAUCAUAUCUGCUAUCUUCCCUUGGCUAUCGCCAGAAAGAUCGGGGGAAUGCUUGGGGGAAAGCUUUUCUUUUCUUUGUUUGGACCGCGAGAGACCUCCAGGGCUGAUCCACCGGAAGUUGGCAAAUGCAUGGAAGCACGGGAGAAAAUAGCCAUUCCUACGAGGUGGACAUCGUACAAUACAAACUCAAGACCCGCUCAUCCUAUCCUUUCUUUUAUUUUAUUUUAUUUUAUUUUAUUUUAUUUAUUUAUUUAUUUAUUUAUUUAUUUUUACCCACCCCAAAAAAGUCCUUCUGAGUACUGAGUCUGCUAGACCGUGGAGGUCAAAGCGGCUUGGUCAGUUCCUUUGUUCAGCUCUAAACUGGCUAAAUGUCCGAUGGCUGGGAACUUUUCGGUCUUGGGUGGUAGAGACCAGGAUU